GUCACGGUGGGUCACUGAGAGGGACAAUCGGCCAUGGCUUCACCGCAGCUCCGGGGCUGUGGAGUCCACGCCCUCCAGGUGUUGCUGCUACUGCUGCUGCUGUUGUUCCCGCUGCGGGUGACGCCGGGCACCACAUGUCCAACCCCCAUAUCUGUUGAACAUGCAAACAUCCGGGUCAAGAAUUACAGUGUGAACUCCAGGGAGAGGUAUGUCUGUAAUUUUGGGUUCAAACGGAAAGCCGGCACAUCCACGCUGACUGAGUGUGUGAUAAACAAGAACACAAACAGUGCCCACUGGACAACUCCUACCCUCAAGUGCAUCAAGAUUUCGCCAAGCAGUUCCAAAAUGACCAAAGUGGCCAUCUCCACAUCAGUCCUGGUCCUUCUGGUUGGUGCAGGAGUUGUGGUUUUUCUUGCCUGGUACAUCAGAUCAAGGCAAGCUUCGCAGCCACGUGGUGUUGAGAUGGAAACCAUGGAAGCAGUGCCAAUGAGUGUGAGGACCAGCAGCACUGAGGAUGACCCAGGAACCUAACCUCACAACCUCCGAAACCCAGGGAAACCUGCCCCGCUGAGUCUAAAGAGAAGACUUGAAGGCAGCACUGCUGUCAGCUACGGAGCUCCAGGACCCAGGGAACUGGGAACCAGGAGAAAGCACAUCGUGAUCACAUAAGCCUCCGGAAUGAUCUGUUUUACUGUGUCUGGGUGCCUCCCAUGUGCACGCCUGGGUUCUCCAGCAUCUGGAAGGACACCACCCUUCCAGCUGGCUCAGCGUCGAGGCCAACUUCCCCAAGUGCAAGCAGCUUGAGCUCUCCUGGGAGACUCUCACAGACUCCAUAAAAGUAUCUAACUUCACUCUGACGUCAGCUCUAAAUAGCGGACAGUGGUUCUCAAUCUGUGGGUCAUGACCCCCUUUGGGGUUGUCAAAUGACUCUAUCAAAGGGGUCACAUAUCAGACAUCCUGUGUAUCAGAUAUUUACAUUACGAUUCAUAACAGUAGCAAAAUUACAGUUGUGAAGUCAUCAUAAAAAUGAUUUUAUGGUUGGGGGUCACCACAAGAUGAGGAAUUACACUAAAGAGACACAGCAUUAGGAAAGUUGAGAACUACUGUGGUAGACUCUCUUCCCUGUCCCCACCCUGACUUACAGUUUACAGAGCUCAGCAACACACCCGAAGCUCCCACUUCUCUCCAAGGCUCCUCUGGCACGGGGGAUGUCUGUAAAGAAGACCACAGCUGCUGAAGACUUAGUUGUCGCUGCUUUGCACCUAUUGGAAAAGAGCAGAGAAAGGCAGAAGAGAUAUUGAGCCAACAAAUCCUUUUGUAUAGGAUUUGUGAUGAAAACUGAACUCAGUGACCUCUUACAUAUAUAUAGACAUAUUUAUACUUCCCUUUCUGUUAUAUCUACAUAUAGUGUAUGAUUUAUAUUUGAA